ACACACGGGGGCCUCCACGAAGCCAACCUGCACGUGCAGUACCCGCUGAGGGGUGGCAGCUCUCCAGGUGUGUGGACCGCUUUCCCUGACGUCUCUGACAUCGUCCACCGGGUCUCCCGCCAGGCGACGCACGCGCCAGGCGAGGCGCUCCCGGGCCGGGCUGCUCACCUCGGUGCACGCAUGGCAGAGCUCCGGCUUUCCCAUGCUGGGCCAGUGAGGGUGAUUGUUGGGCCGUGCUAGUGUCAAGACUGUCAUUUUAGCAAGGUCCUGUUUAUAAACGAGUGCAACAAAGAAAGCCCACGCAUACGAGAGGGUAGCACGCUUGAUCUCUACACAGAUGGAUUCAAUAAUCAAUUGAGUCAUUGCUGUAACAGCAAUCUCACAGUCACAUUAUGGCCCAAGCUAACAACACUGGGUAUUCACAGGCAGUCUGCUAUCCGAGCACUAACCAGGCCCGAACGCACUUGACGUCUGACAUCUACGAGGCCGAACACAUUCACGAUGCUUGGGCAUGACGACGAUCGUACUGCUUCAGGUUGGGGGCGUUUUGAACAGAGAAGAGCCUCUUUUGAAUUAUAUCUGAGUAUCAUGAAUCUUCAAGAUCAUGGAUAUUGUCAAGCUGCUUGGAAGGCUGCUACAAGCCUUGUCAGAAGCAAUGCGAGACAACGAGCAUGCACUACUGAGCUCUGAGGUUAAAAUACUGGGACUGGCUGUCUCUCUCAGGAAGUUUAUAACCUCAUAAGUUUGUCGAGUUACUUAAUUUCCAGUUUUUAUCACAAACCAGAGUACCCAGAGGCAGAGUAACUAACUGCAGAUUGGGAGUCUCAAGCAAGUAAUGGUCUCCGAGUGAUCCACCGAUACCCACACUAACAAGUGCUGCAUUACAGCUGUGGGGGAAAAUAAAGAGCAGGGGGACCAAUGGGAAUGUCCAUGCAGUCCGUACAGGUAUCACCGCACAGUGGAGACUUGUAACUCUGCAACAUUUGGACUCCAUAGUUCAAACGUGGGCAAAGUAUUGCAGGAAUGUUCUAGGUUUGCAUCACUCGGUGCUUGAUGAGCACCCUCCUUCACAAUAGCACCCUCAUAAGAGAAAGCUAAACACGGCCUUUUGUGUGCAUAGCUUGAAAGGGUUAUCCAGGUGCAACGUGAAUCCCAACAAUUGUUUGGUAGAACACGGCCAGGAUUUUAGACCUUUUUGCACUGGAAUAAUAUUUUUUUAAAUACGGAGUUUAUUUAAGUGGAGUCACAUAUCGGCAGGCUUGCUCAAAUUGCCAUCUGAUCAUAGCUCGUAAUUAUUUAGAGCGCCUGAGGAAGGGGGAGAGAUAGUGAAUAUGGAGACAUUAUGGAUGUGAGAGAUUAUAAAUGGGGAAAGAUAAUAGAAAGAGAUAAGGGAUUGGGAGAGAUAAGGAGUGUCUGAAGUGAAGCCUGAACAGUGCCACGUGAAGCACUCCCCUUGACCGCCAUCCCCAGCCUCUCUGCACGGCUCCACAAAGUGAAUGCGCUGCCGCUGUUACACUCACACGUAUGAUGCACACCGCUUGUUUCCAACGCAAUUUCAGGUGAACAUUUAAAUGGGCAAUGUGUUGCUUCGGUUGCUCAUUAUAAACAGCUGGAUGCUUAUUAUUAUGAAAUUUAUAAUGCAAUCAACGCCAUACGUUUCUAACCACGCAGAUGUAUACACAAAAAUGUAUCGGCCUUUAUAGGUUACGUAAAAGCACCAUCAACAGUUCCUGAAGAACUGCGAUGGUGACCACAAAUGUAAAAAACUAAACUAUUUUUAUUUUACCAGGUAAGGCCCACUGAGCUACAGAGCUCUUUUUCAGAAGCGACCUGGUCACAUAUGAGUGCUCAACGAAGCAGCUUGUCACGUGCAAAUGGAUAGCAGCCAAAUACUAUAAAGGCAUGUUUUAAAUUUGGAGGGAAAAAUCGGAGGACCCGGAGAAAAAUCCACAUGACCACGGGGAGAACAUGCAAACUCCAAAUAUACAGGCGUAGGGGAUUGGAUCGAACCAACGACCUGUAUACUUGGUGAGGUAGUUAACAUCUCACCACUGUGGCGACUGACAGUAGCAGUGAGGCAGAGACAACAGCAGACCAGUUUCGUUCUUCUUAGGAAUCAUCAGUACAGUGUCCAAUGUUGUUCAGGAAUAGCUGAUGUUUUUGCAUGAUGCAUGUUUCUGUAGUUUGUAAAAUUUACGGUUUUCUGGCCUGCACUACAUUUCUGUUGUGGCGAUUUAAUCAAAGACUAAUUGCAAAACACACAAUCCAGUAUUUAGCUCACAGUAGUUUAUAAAACCGAGUCUUGAGUGCAAUAAAAUACCCAAAUGCACCCCUCAACGUCUGUGGUCCAGGGUAGGUCCAUGGCUUGAGUUGUCUCUUUCAGAUGCCACUGCCCCUGGUCACCUGACAGCAGCACACGCUCCACUCGGCUUCUUGAGCCAUACCGAGGGAAGGUUCAGGUGGCUUCCUGUGGCCUUCCUCAACUCUCUUGAAUUCGGUGACACCAUCGCCAAAUGCAAUUUUACAGAAUGUACCAGAUUUCUAUUUUAUGUAAAGGUUUAAUGUUUUUUUUUUCAAUUGUUCGCCACUGGUUGGUUCACGAAGUUAAAUUAAAAGAGCAAAAUGCCAACAAAUUACACGAGGAAGCGUUAACAGGGCCUUCUUUAGUAAAGCUGCAGCGUGAACAACUCAAGGAGUUUGGUCUCAAGUCGCUACAAAUAUCCUUACUCAUAGACUCGCGUGAUGAAUACCUGAAGAAGUCCAAGCCCAAGUCGUCCAGCACCCAUAGCCACGUAGCAGCAACACCUGCACGCGGUUCUGUGAACGCUCAGAGCCACCGUGAAACAAAGGGGGCACAACUCGUUCCUGGCAGCACACAAGCCGAGUUCUCAAACUCUGAAGAAAAACCUCCAAAGAAAAACAAGAAAAUAAAUAAAAAGGCCACAGGACAACAGGAAGAGAAGAGUGUGCAUCAGAAGCAGGCAGAGCCAGGUGAUGUGGUUGAUGUGGAUGCCACGAACAUAGCACAGCAGGUACAUGAAGAAGCUUCACAACCACCUUCAGAGGUGGGGACACAGGAGCAUUCUGCUGUUGAUGAUUCAAGCCAACAAAACUCCAGCAAGAGUCAGGUGAAUAUUUGCUCACCAUGCCCAUUUGAUCACCAUUACACUUCACACAGAUAUAUCAGAGGAAGUGUACUGCCUAGUGAAACGGGAAUCACAAACUAUAUAGAUCCGGUUCGCGAGUUUAAACUUUUCGCCUGUGAGGGCGAUGUUGAUGAAGAAUCCAAGAUGAAGAAAUUCUGUAAUGAGGUGUUCAGGUUUUCUGCUGGUUGCAUGAACAGGAGGACAAACGGCACCAUACACUUUGGUGUGGGAGACACGAAGAGCGGGUACAGGCACGGUGAAGUUACCGGUGUCCACGUAGAAGACCAGAGCAAGUUUGUUGAUACGAUCGACAACAACAUAUUAAAGUACUUCCAGAAAGACAGGAUCGAAGAUGCUAAAGAAUGCAUACGACCUUCAAGAUUUGUGGAGGUAAUUUCGCCUGAACAUACAAGUCUUGGUGCGUAUGUGAUAGAAGUCGAUGUUAUCUCUAAGAGCACAAUAUGCAAAGACAAUGUUUAUGAAAUGAAGCACGUCAAUGGAAAAUGGCAAGCGGGUAAAGAGAACCACGUAUAUAAGCGAGAUGGUGCAUCUUCUAAGGAUAUUCUGGCAACACAAAAUUCUGAACAGUGGAAAGAAGAGUACAGACGCAUUUGUGAAGAUGUGAAAAAGUGGAAUGAGCAAAGAAAAUUGGCCGAAACGAGCUACAAAAUCGAUCGUAGAAUGGAUGAUGGAAAGAAGCUAACUACAUUAAUUACCGGGGGGAAAGGGACACUUGAUGAUUCCUAUUACAAAAAGUACAUAUUGGUGGUAAACAAGGCGGACCAAAGCCAAUUGCCCCACCUUGACUUUGUAAAAGAAAUAAAUUGGUUUGCAGUCCUUGACUUUGAUCCUGAAUCCGCCAUUUCUGGGCUGUGUAGCCUUGUCCGUGCUGAAAGGUCACCCAACCUGCAUUUUCCCCGGCAGUUUGUAGAACGUGAAAAUAAUGACAUUGAGACCAUUGCCAAGAAUCUAAACCUACACAAGCAAACCAGCUGGAUCUUCUGUAAUGGAAGAGCAAACAUUGAUGAGGAAAAGCCGAUGGAAUCCAAAGAGUUUCAGAAAAAACGCAGUGAUAACCAUAGCAAACUUGUAAGCUUGUUGUGCAACAACGACCUCAUGCCCAGUGGAAGGUUUCUUGUUGUUUUUCUUUUACUUAUGAACAUUGAUGACCCAAUUGAUCCAAUGAUGGAAACAUUUUUCUAUUUUUAUCAAAAACUAAACGGACUUUCUGAUAUGAUGCUCAUAACAGAACGUCUAGAAUCAUAUGAAAGUUGGGCGACACUUGCACACACGAGGGUGGACGAAGAUGAAUUGGCGUACAGGUCAAUACGCAGUAUGAGCUUGGAUCAUCUCAAUUCCACAAUUUACAAGAUUAAAUCGGCGACUAAGAGUCGGAAACGGUUUCUGCGUACAUCAGUUGGAGGAUCAUGCUCUUUAACAGCAGUGCAGGAGGAACGGAUGUCUUCACUGACGAUUGUGUGUGAGAAUGAGUGUGAAGAUACAGGAAUAGAGGCAGAUGACACAGCGUUUGAUGAAUUGAGGCGAAGUAUCGAGGAAAACUACUACAAAGGAGGCAAAGUCUGCCCAUGGAACUUCUAUUUCUCCGAGAAACGAGGAAAACCUUUCAUCAAACGUGAACCAUUUAACAAUCUAAAGGAGAAUAUCGAAGAUGCACUGAAGUCAAACCGAUGCCUUGAAUCUGUAAACUUGUUUCACCACCCUGGCUGUGGAGGAACAACACUUGCAUGGCAUGUCCUAUGGGAGCUCAGAAAAAAAUUCAGGUGUGCUGUGAUCAAAAGUAACAGUGAUGACCAGAAGGAAAUUUCGGUUCAAGUUAAAGAACUACUGAAGUAUGCAGAAAACGAUGCUAAGGUCUACACCCCAGUGCUACUGCUGGCUGACGACAUUGACGACACAGAGAUCCUUAAACAACUUCAACACAGCAUCAUUUCUGAGCUGUCAGACGUCAUAUUUGACAGACCUCUUGUCAUGGUAAACUGCAUGCGGUCUCAAGCCCUUGAGGAAAGUCAGAAAAAACAUUUAAUGACCAGUGUCAUUUUGGAACAAAAGCUCUCUUCUACUGAGCAACACCUGUUUGAAGAAAAGCUUAAAGAAAUAAAAAAUGAGUAUGAGAAAUGCAACAACUUCCUUUCUUUCAUGAUAAUUAAAGAAAAUUUUGAUUCAAAUUAUAUUAAAAAUACCGUGAAAAAUAUGCUCAAAGGUUUAGACUACAGUAGCAAUAGGCCCAAUGCUAAAUUGAUCAGUUACGUUGCAUUGUUGAACAACUAUGUAAAAAACACAUCAAUUCCAGUGUCUAGAUGUGAAGCAAUCCUCGGAAUUUCACAAGUAAAAUCCACUUUUUGGAGGAAAGAAACUCUUGAAGAUGGCUUGAGUCAGCACGCCAAAUUGCUGCUCAUUAAAUGCCCCAUGGACGAAGUGAAUGGCACUUAUGAAUCAGUCCGAAUGAUACAUCCACUCGUGGCGAAACAAGUGCUGGAAGAAUUUGAAACAACGAAUCGCUCUUCAAGAUGUAGCAUUGCUAAAGAACUGCUUGCUGAAGAUAUCCUUUUUAAUAAUGGCAUGGGAAGAGAGCACUUGGUUAAAAAUGUCAGGAAUAUGUUUGUCAUCCGCCAUCGCAAAGAGCAGGGCGAUGAAACAGACAGUCUCUUUGCACCUCUUAUUGAAGACAUCAUUAAACAGAAAUACAGUACAUUAAGCCACCCAAGUAAGUUGGAAUCAGGCAUGCAAAAUGCUAAAGAAUUAAUGUGUUGUGCUACAGAUAGAUUUUCAAAAGAUGCGAUAUUGGCCCAGGCUCUUGCAAGGUUUUGCUACCUUAAAGACAACAACUUUGAUGAAGCCAAAAAAUGGGCAGAGCAUGCAAAAAAAUUGGUCAAAAAUAGUUCUUACAUUACAGACACAAUUGGUCAGAUUUAUAAGCAUGAACUGAAGCAGAAAUUUGAUGUUAGCGCCAUAGAGAAAAAAGGGUUCCUUCCUCCAUCAGAUCUUAAUAAAGCACUACAGCUUGCAAAAAGUGCUUCUGACUUUUUUAGAGAAGCACAGGAGUUGGUUAAAACAGAGGAUGGUGCCUUUAACACAGCUGGAUUCUUCGGCGAUAUUGAGGUUGCCACACAUAUGUUGCAACUGUUUGAGCUGACCAAAGUAUUUUACAAAACUGGUGAAAUCCACAAGAGAACCCUGGUGGCCUAUUUAAAUGGAAGGAUUGACUUGUCACGAAUACCUACAGAUGACGAAGAAGAAAAAGCAACAGUGGAGGUUUUACAAAACAAUGAGUUAUAUCUUAGAGAAUUAAAAAAGAGAAUGAAGUAUUCCUUAGAAGUUUUGGAAGCCUAUUUUUGGCUGUUUAAGCCAAGGUAUGCCGAAUCACAAAUACAAGACAAGCAUCGUUACACCGUAGAAAAGUUUUACAACCAAUAUACAACGAUAUUUUGUUCAGAGAAGUCAGAAAAACUGGAUGCGAAACAAUUCCCAAAAUUAAGUGCUACGAAUGAAAUUGAGUCAGAACACGGUGAUAGACUUCCAGGACUUAUACGCUAUCUUGCUGAACGAAAUGCUGAAAAAUCUCUGGAGGUUAUUGUCAGCAGCUAUAAAAGUCUACUUUGUAAUUCUAAAAAUAUCAAUAACAUUAAGGAAAACAAAAUUUAAUUUUUGCUAACGUUAUCCUAAAUUGUGUAAAUAACAAAUCCAAAACGGUUUCCCCCUAUAGUGAACUGGUGACUAUGCUGAACAAUAUCCUCCGCGAAAUAGGAACA